AAAAAAAAAACACGAAUUUGGUGGCUACCUGGGUGCCCGAUGCAUUGCGCGGGGCUUUCUCUGUGUCUUGGUCCUGGGAGAUCGGAUCCUUCCUCGGCUGCUGCUGCUGCAGUUCGUCGGCACACGGGAAAGCGGCAACUGGCUGUCUGGAAGCAAGAGCUCUGAUGUGAUGCAUCCCCUUGCGAACGAGGCAGCAGCAUUCCACCGUGGAAACCUUGAAACCCUAAAACCCUGAGAAGGAGCUAUAAACACAUUAUCAUGGACCUGAGGGAUUUUUACCUGUUGGCUGCCCUGAUUGCCUGUUUAAGGCUGGAUUCUGCUGUGGCUCAAGAACUUAUUUACACCAUCCGAGAGGAGCUACCGGAAAACGUCCCCAUCGGGAACAUACCAAAGGAUCUGAACAUUUCUCACAUCAAUGCCGCCACAGGAACCAGCGCUAGUCUUGUCUACAGACUGGUCUCCAAAGCAGGGGAUGCCCCUUUGGUGAAAGUGUCCAGCACCACAGGGGAGAUCUUUACCACCUCCAACAGAAUCGACAGAGAGAGACUCUGUGCAGGAGCUGCCUAUGCAGAAGAGAAUGAGUGCUUCUUUGAGCUGGAGGUGGUGAUUCUGCCAAACGACUUUUUUCGGCUGAUCAAGAUCAAAAUAAUUGUGAAGGAUACCAAUGACAAUGCCCCCAUGUUUCCCUCCCCUGUCAUCAACAUCUCCAUUCCUGAAAACACUCUGAUCAACAGCCGCUUUCCGAUCCCGUCAGCCACAGACCCCGACACUGGUUUCAAUGGGGUACAGCACUAUGAACUUUUGAAUGGGCAAAGUGUCUUUGGGCUGGAUAUCGUGGAGACUCCAGAAGGGGAGAAGUGGCCUCAGCUGAUUGUGCAGCAGAACUUGGACAGGGAGCACAAAGAUACCUAUGUGAUGAAAAUCAAAGUCGAGGAUGGAGGGACCCCCCAGAAAUCCAGCACAGCUAUCCUCCAGGUCACAGUAAGUGAUGUCAAUGACAACAGGCCGGUUUUUAAAGAGAGUCAGGUGGAGGUUCACAUCCCAGAGAACGCCCCUGUAGGUACCUCGGUCAUUCAGCUGCAUGCCACAGAUGCAGAUAUAGGAAGCAAUGCGGAAAUCAGAUAUAUCUUUGGUGCCCAGGUAGCUCCUGCAACUAAAAGACUCUUUGCUUUAAACAACACAACUGGGCUGGUGACAGUUCAGAGGGCCUUAGACCGAGAGGAAACUGCCAUCCACAAGGUGACAGUGCUGGCCAGUGAUGGCAGCUCUACACCUGCCCGGGCAACUGUUUCCAUCAAUGUGACUGAUGUUAACGAUAACCCCCCUAACAUAGACCUCAGGUACAUUAUAAGUCCCAUCAAUGGCACAGUGUACUUAUCUGAGAAAGACCCCAUCAAUACCAAGAUUGCCCUAAUUACGGUCUCAGAUAAGGAUACUGACGUGAAUGGCAAAGUGAUCUGUUUCAUUGAGAGAGAAGUGCCAUUCCACUUGAAGGCUGUUUAUGACAACCAGUACUUGCUAGAGACCUCUUCCUUGCUGGACUAUGAGGGCACCAAAGAAUUCAGCUUUAAGAUAGUUGCCUCCGAUUCUGGCAAGCCCAGUUUGAACCAGACUGCCCUAGUAAGAGUUAAGCUGGAAGACGAAAAUGACAACCCUCCAAUUUUCAGCCAGCCUGUAAUUGAGCUGUCCGUUUCCGAAAACAACCGCCGUGGUCUGUACUUAACAACUAUUAGUGCCACAGAUGAGGACAGUGGGAAAAAUGCAGACAUUGUUUAUCAGCUUGGCCCCAACGCCUCCUUUUUUGAUUUGGAUCGAAAGACAGGGGUUUUGACAGCUUCCCGAGUGUUUGACAGAGAAGAGCAGGAGAGGUUCAUUUUUACUGUUACGGCCCGAGACAAUGGCACCCCUCCCCUGCAGAGUCAAGCUGCUGUAAUAGUUACAGUAUUGGACGAGAAUGACAACAGUCCCAAAUUUACUCAUAACCAUUUUCAGUUUUUUGUGUCGGAGAACUUACCAAAGUAUAGCACCGUAGGGGUGAUCACAGUGACUGAUGCAGACGCGGGAGAAAACAAAGCUGUCACUCUUUCCAUCCUGAAUGACAAUGAGAACUUUGUUCUGGAUCCUUACUCUGGAGUUAUAAAGUCCAACGUUUCUUUUGACCGAGAGCAGCAGAGUUCCUACACUUUUGACGUCAAGGCCAUCGAUGGAGGACAGCCACCUCGUUCUUCUACCGCAAAAGUCACUAUAAAUGUCAUGGAUGUUAAUGACAACAGCCCUGUGGUCAUCUACCCACCUUCAAAUACAUCUUUUAAGCUGGUGCCCCUCUCUGCUAUCCCUGGCUCUGUUGUGGCUGAAGUGUUUGCCGUUGACAUUGACACGGGAAUGAACGCCGAGCUGAAAUAUACAAUCGUAAGUGGAAACAACAAAGGUUUGUUCCGUAUUGAUCCGGUGACGGGUAACAUUACCCUGGAAGAAAAACCUACUCCUACUGAUGUAGGGCUGCAUCGAUUAGUGGUCAAUAUCAGUGACCUGGGUUAUCCUAAAUCUCUGCAUACCCUUGUCCUUGUGUUUUUGUACGUCAAUGACACGGCUGGAAAUGCCUCUUACAUUUAUGACUUGAUCCGCAGGACUAUGGAAACACCUUUGGACAGGAACAUCGGGGACAGCAGCCAGCCUUAUCAAAACGAGGACUACCUUACAAUCAUGAUUGCUAUUGUGGCAGGUGCCAUGGUGGUCAUCGUGGUGAUAUUUGUCACUGUCCUGGUCCGCUGCCGCCACGCCUCCCGUUUCAAAGCUGCCCAAAGGAGCAAGCAAGGGGCCGAGUGGAUGUCUCCCAAUCAGGAGAACAAACAGAACAAGAAAAAGAAGCGGAAGAAAAGGAAGUCCCCCAAGAGUUCCCUGUUGAAUUUUGUUACCAUUGAGGAAUCCAAACCCGAGGAUGCCGUUCAUGAACCUAUCAACGGGACCAUUAGCCUUCCAGCUGAGCUGGAGGAGCAAAGUAUAGGAAGAUUUGACUGGGGCACGGCCCCACCCACCACUUUUAAGCCUAACAGCCCUGACCUUGCUAAGCAUUACAAAUCUGCCUCUCCACAGUCCGCUUUCCAUCUCAAGCCGGACACUCCCGUCUCGGUGAAAAAGCACCACGUGAUUCAGGAACUCCCUUUGGACAACACCUUUGUUGGGGGUUGUGAUACCCUUUCCAAACGCUCUUCCACUAGUUCAGAUCACUUCAGUGCCUCAGAGUGCAGUUCCCAAGGAGGCUUCAAGACAAAGGGCCCCUUGCACACCAGACAGGCACUGAAUUUUGGAGAUAUGCCGAAGUACUUGUGGGAGAUUUGGGUACCUGACAAACCAUGGGUGAUGGACCUCUUGGCCCUCGAGGAUUAGCUGAAGCUACUGAGAUGUGCACUCAAGAAUGCCUGGUCCUGGGUCACUCAGACAACUGUUGGAUGCCUCCUUCUUUGGGUUCGUACCAGCAGCCAAAGUCUCCACUCUCCACCUUUGCACCUCAGAAGGAAUGGGUUAAGAAAGACAAACUGGUGAAUGGCCACACGUUGACCAGAACCUGGAAAGAAGACAGCAACAGAAACCAGUUCAGUGACCGAAAGCAGUUUGGCUCGGGGGAAGGCCAUUUCAACCCUGGCAACCCCAUGGCUGACAUUCCUUUGGCUAACUUGAAAUCCUAUAAACAAGCAUCAGGACCAGUGGAGAGUCCGAAGGAGAACCAGCUAUAAGGAAAGGCUUCUUUGGAGCAGUGACUUUAGCCUAGUUAGACUUGCUAAUAGUGUGUGUGUGUGUGUGUGUGUGUGCGUGUCUCAGAGCUUUAUGUACUGAGUAGACCUCUAGAACUAUGCGUCACAUAGCAGAGAUAUGCAUAACUUUGUGGUAGCUCCAUGGAACUGCAACACAAAAGAGCAUUUCUACUAGUUGUGUGGUUUUGUUAAAUAGAAAUAAUCAAACUCUUACAGAGAAUCUCUCCAGUUUGCAAAAUAUCUUAAGUUUUUUUCAAUUUGCUUGGGAUAACGGGUGGGGGUUUGUUUAUGUUCCUUUUGUUUUUUUGACCCUGGACUUGCUGCUGCAAACAGUAGAAGAUUCACAUGGAGAGAGAGA